AUGUCUUGGAUCCUCUCAAGCCCCAUUUUUGGUUAUGUGUUUGUUUUGCUGCUGUUGCAAAAUCUCGGGUCGCACAUGUUUGUAAAUGCCAAUGCCAUAGAAUGCAAUCAGUCUUGGCAGAAAACUACUCCAUUUCAAAUGUGUCAAGUAGACAGUAAGGGUACAUAUACAAACUAUGCUUGCAAAUGGUGCGGAAGGGCAGAUAACGGAAAACCCUCUGCGACUGACUGCGAGGGCCCGAGCGGAAAACCAUUGAACACCGCAGGAUCAUUCGUUUGCGAUGUCGCAAUGGAGUACGAUGAUAUUAAACACGUUGCAAGACCUAUCCGUUGCACACAUCUUGACACUGAUGGAGUAGCAAGAGACUAUCAUUGCGCGAGACGACAUCUGAACCAACAAUGUCCUCAAGAGUUGUGUCAUAUUGUAAAUAAGGGCAGUUGA